CUCCCAGACAUUCCCACACACACACACACACUCACAAAGUCAGACACAGAUAAGUGCAGGACUGUCAUACGCAACACUCCGUCUUCCUGGGAUAUGAACACUCUCAUCAUCAUUUCUCUGCUGUGCAUCGUUGUCUGCAGCAAUCUGGGUGCUCAGGGAUCUGAGGACACAUAUUCUGGGGAGUUAGCCAGAGUGACAACUGGUCCAGCCUCCGGGGAGGGACACCUUCGUUCACUCAACGACGAUGAUGAGCUGGGAGUAGAAGAACUUUCAGGAGGAGACAAUGAAAAUGUGAUCCACCAUGAGCUGCAUGCUGAUAAAGAUGAGAGGAGAAAAAAGAAAGGGAAAGGGAAGAGGAAAAACAAACAAAGAAACAAAAUCACAACACCUCUCAACCCUGAUCACACAGUCAUAACAAGUGGGCACACAUCCACUCUUACUUCAACUCAAAAUCCCUGCACCUCUACACACCUGGGCUUCUGCAUUCAUGGCUUCUGCAAAUACAUGGAGGGUCUGAGAGAACCAGUGUGCAUAUGUAUGAAAGGUUACGAUGGAGCGCGCUGUGGCAUUCAAACCUUGGGGGCAGUCAAACCCGCUCAGAGUGACAACACGGAGCUGGUACAGACAGUGCUGGUGGUCAUUGCAGUUGUUCUUUCAGUCAUCAGCUGCUGUGCCAUCCUCCUAAUGAUCUGUGCUCAUUAUAGGUCCCAUAAAAACUUCCUGGCCUCUUACAUUGGAACUGGGUCAGAGCAGGAGAAACUCCAGAAACCCGUUGGGGAUGUUGUGGUGUGAUGACAUCAAGUUACAAAGAGGCAAGUGGCCAAUUAAAAGAAGAAUCCAGUGACCCAAGAGAGAAAUAGACGUACAAAACUGCGCUAAUUAAUUUAUUUAGAGUGAAUAUUUAUUGCUUAUAAACUAUACCUGUGUUUGUUGAAUUUAUUUUUAAGAUGUCAUGUUUAAAUGAAUGCUGAGCAUUCAACCUUUUCUUUUCUUUUUUUUUUUGUAGGUUUGGUUUUAUUUAUUGCACUUCAUUUGU